UGGACGGUUUUGCAUGUACCUGAUCAGCUCAACCAAGUUCGGUUUUGCUGCCUGGGCUGCUUGGAUCUGCCGCUACUUGCUUUAUUGCUGCUCGCUUCCUUCUUUCUCCCUCGUCCACUAAUCUCAACAACCUCCCAACCCACCAUUGUUCGCAAAUUGAUUCCCAGCAAAGGCUUCAAAAGCGAUCCUCCCCAUCUCGGUGCACGUCGAUUGUUCAACAUGGUGGCCCACGGCGCUGCUGAACCAAAGCUCUAUGACGGCUCUGAGCUACGCAUUGGCAUUGUGCACGCAAGAUGGAACUCCAGAAUCAUCGAGGCGCUGGUGCAAGGCGCAAAGGAGUCGCUCACCAAGGCCGGCGUGAGAGAAGAAAACAUUGUCGUGCAGACGGUGCCGGGCAGCUACGAGCUGCCAUUUGCUGUGCAGCGGUAUGCUUCUAUCCGAACUCAUUCCUAUGUUCUUUUUCCCCUCAUGUACGCCUCGUCCCAGAUCCAGUCCAGCGCUUCGGCAUCCGGCGGUGCACUUCUUGCGUCAGCCACCGACCUUCUCUCGUCAACGUCCAUGACAGACCUCACAAAAGCAGCAGAGCCGGCCAAACCUAAGUCGGGAUCGACCGCGUCCAAGGACGCUUUUGACGCCAUUAUCGCUAUCGGGUGCCUCAUCAAGGGCGAGACGAUGCACUUUGAAUACAUCGCUGACGCCGUCAGCCACGGACUGAUGCGCGUGCAACUGGAUGCUCAGGUGCCGGUCGUGUUCGGCUUGCUGACGGUGCUGACCGAGGAGCAAGGGCUAGCGAGGGCGGGCAUCGGGGGCGAGAAGGCGCAUAAUCACGGUUUAGACUGGGGCAGCGCCGCGGUUGAGCUGGCGGUCAAGAGGAGAGGAUGGUCCAAGGGAGAGAUGAUCGAGUAGCCUUGCCGGCAAUGGAACGGAGUCCAACGGCCACGACAGGCCCUAAAUGUAGCUAUCGCGAGCUGCAGCAGCGCAUGUAUAUGGGCGCGAGCAUGGCCAGCAGCGUAUACGUCUUGUUGCACGACCCUGCCUCUACCGUCAUCUUCUCCAGUACUACAUGCAGUACAGAGCACUGGGCAUUCCGGUUGUCAGCAGCACAGAAGUGGGGAAUGAGCUCCUGCAGCGCAAUAGCAAUACAGUAGUAGGCUUAGCACGAUGCAGCGCGAUCCUUGACGUCAGUUUACAGCCGUGCGUUGUCGUUGUUGUUAUCCUUGUCCCACUGUGAGGAUCUGCAUUGUGGCACCAGCGGCGACGGCUGGGGCAUUCAAGAACGUGCACGUGCACGUACACACC